AUGUUAAUGAUGCUCCAGGAGCAGCAGAGGAUGAUGGCGGAGCAGCAUCAAGCUCAGCAAAGAGUUCUGCUAGAGAUGUUACAAACUCAGCAGGAAGAGCAGCGUGCCUAUCGCCAGGAGAUGGAGGAGCUGCGACCUGUGAGGCACCAUGAAGAGACAAGGCAUAAAUUGCCUAAGCCUGUUUUCAAGAAAUUAGAAGAGACUGAUGACUUUUUGGAGACAUUUGAGCGGGUUGCCACCCAACAUGAUUGGCCGGAUAAUGCGUGGGCUGUCCAGCUGGCGGGACUGUUGACCGGUAGAGCACAAGCUGCCCAGGAUUACAAGAAAGUGAAGGAGGCAAUCUUGCAUCGGUUUGACGUCAACGAAGAAACACAUCGCAGAAGAUUCAGGGAGGACCGGAAGAAGCCAGAAGAAUCUUACAGAGAACUCAACAAUGCCAAUGAAGGAGCUUGUUGUCAUGGAGCAGGCUCUCUGGGGAAUGGUCUAACUGUCUGGCUGAGAGAGCAGUCAUUGGAGGAGCUGGCGAAACUUGCAGAGGACUACACUCUGGCCAUGAAGGGUAAAGACCAGCCCCCCUAUCCUCUCCAGGGACACCAGCCGUGGAAACUCAGGAAACAAGAACACCGGAAUGGAUUUCGUACAGAGCCAAGAACCAAGGUCAAUACUGCCGGAGAAAAGCAAUGCUUUCAUUGUCACCAGUGGGGUAGUACAAUUGCCUCAAGCGAAGCCUGUCGCAAGGGAAAGCUCAAGUGGGGGAAAGUUGGAGGAAAGUCUGUUCAGAUGCUUUUGGACUCUGGAUGCAGUCGAACGAUGGUGAGUGCCAACAGUGUGGAUUCUUCCAAGAUCAGUAAGGCAGAAACGGUGGCUGUUUUGUGCGUGCACGGAGACACGGUAGAGUAUCCUACAGCAAUGGUAGAGCUCGCUUUAGGAGGCCAUACCAGGAAAGCAAACGUUGCUGUUGCCCCUAGCCUACCGGUACCAGUGCUCCUUGGAAGAGACCUCUACGAUAUCAGAAGUGGAUGGAAGUCUUCAGAUACUGGAUACAUGGUGGAGACUAGGUCUCAAAAGAAGAUACGAGAAUCGAAAUCGAUGGAUGAUCUGAUCUGA